AUGGUCUCCCCGGCUAUUGCGCUGGCGUUCAUCCCUUUCGUGGUGACGCUACUCAUCCGCUACCGGCACUACUUCUGCCUCUUUUACCGGGCGGUGCUGGUGCGGCGGGUGCGAGACUACCUGACGGGCAUCCCCAAGGAAGAGAGGGCCUUCCAGUACGUCUUGACCCACACCAUCCCGGGAGACCCCCAGCACAUCUUGGAGACCUUUGACCACUGGAGCUACCACUGCGAGUAUCUCAGCAACCUGGGACCCCAGAAAGCCAAGAUCCUGGAGCGGCUGAUCUAUGAGAAGGCUCCCCUCCGAGUCUUGGAGCUGGGCACCUACUGCGGAUACGCCACCAUCCUCAUCGCGCAGCUGUUGCCGCUGGGAGCCCGGCUGUACACCGUGGAGAUGGACGAGCGCAAAGCGGCCGUGGCCGAGAAGGUCAUCCGCCUGGCUGGCUUCGACGAUGACACCGUGGAGCUCAUCCGGGGACCCUCGCAGGAAGUCAUCCCCCAGCUGAAGGAGAAAUACGGGCUGAGCCACGUGGACUUCAUCUUCAUGGGCCACUGGAAGCGCUGCUACCUGAGAGACCUGCAGCUGUUGGAGGCCCACGACCUCCUCCUGGAAGGGGCCACCAUCGUGGCCGACAACAUCAUCUUCCCCGGCGCGCCUCAUUUCAUGCAGUACGUCAAGGCCUGCGGCAAGUAUAAGUGGAGGAUUCACAGGACCAGCCUGCAGUACUUCCGGGCCAUUCCCGACGGCAUGGCCCAGCUCACCUGGACGGGUCUGCAGUGAUGGGAGAUGUCACUGUUAUAGGAAAAACUGCUCCGUUUCCCUUAUGGGGUAUUCCAGAGCCCGUAUAGAGUCCUUAAGUGGCUCCCCUAUCGGUAGGAGGAAAUAACAGAGGCCAACCAGAGAAUAUUGAGAAGUGUUGCAGGAACGCCCCUCCCCCAUCAUUCAGUUUGUACAAACACGGCACACACGUGACAUACGUGACGCUUCUGUUAUAAAUUCGUAGAAAAUUAGCCGUACAUCGGAUCUGUACCGUUCCACUUUUAUUUUACACCAUGAAGGAAGGACAAUCAAAGGAGGGUGACUUGACACAAGGCAGCCAACACGUCUGCAGCGAGCCCUACCCAGUUGGCAUGCCAACC